GCGCCUGGGGCCUGAGGAGGCGUCGUUCCCUCGGGCUUCGCCUGGGGAGUACCUCAGGGCGGUGCGCCUCUGGCUGCUCCGGACCGCCGCAGCCGGGGCUGGAUGUGACCUCCUCCCUGCAGUAGCUCAAGUUCUUAGAAGUUUCAGUGCACGCCUGAGUUUAUUUUUGUGUAUGGUGUGGAGAAUCUCUUUGAGAAGACUUGGAACAAAAGUCUGAAUAUGGUGCAGAGCAAGCCAUGCAGGUAUCUGGGUGAUGAGCAUGCAUAUUAGAAGGACAGCAAAUACAAAGUCUAAGCAAGGUGACAAUUUAUAUAAAGAACACACUGGGACUUGUGGCCAUACCUUCAAGAAUAAAAAAAAAAAUUAGACAAUGGAACAACCAUGUAUAUUAUGUGAGGAAGAACAAGAGCCAGAACCACAGCAGAACAUAGAAGAAACCAAACAAGUAGAUGAUGAAGAUGCUGAGCUGAUCUUUGUUGGGGUAGAACAUGUAAAUGAUGAUGCUGAGCUGAUCUUUGUUGGGGUGACUUCAAAUUCAAAACCAGUCGUUUCAAACAUUUUGAACAGAGUCACCCCAGGUUCAUGUUCAAGGAGGAAAAAGUAUGGUCACCUCAGAAAAGAUACUACUCACAAAUUACAGCCUAUAAGUCAUGUGACCCCUAUAUCAGAAGCAGUGACUACCUUGCCUGUUUCUGAAUCAAGAUCAACAGAUAGUCCUAUUAUUAUUGAGCCUUUGUCUAAACCUGAUUAUAAAAAUAAUUCACCACAAAUCGUGCCUAAUAGCUCUUCAGAGUUAUGUUCUCCUUUGAUUACAUUCACAAAUUCAUUGCAGCAUCCAGGAAGAGCUGCACUUCCUGUUGGAGGUAUGAAUAAAACUCCUUGCAUAUCAAAGCAACUUUCUACUGCUGAAGUAAACAGUGUAAAUCCCAAAAGGCUUAAACUCAGUGAUGGAAUCAUAGGGGGACAUGCUUCAGCAUUGUCCCCUUCAGGUAUCUUUCAUACAGUGACUGCUCAGCAAAGCACACCCUCAAACAGUGUUCAUACCUCAUUAAGCCAUGUUCAGAAUGGAGCACCUUUCCCAACAGCUUUUCCAAAGGACAGUGUUCAUUUCAAGCUUACAAAUCCUGUUAAGGAAAAUAGACAGGCAAAAACAGAUUUUUUGAGACUAGCAGGUGAAAACCAGGCUGUUGAUCCCAAGAAAGAAAGUCUGGUCAUAUUACUUCAUGACUUUUAUUAUGGGCAGCAUAAAGGAGAUGGACAGCCAGAACAGAAGACUCACACAACCUUUAAAUGCCUUAGCUGCUUGAAAGUUCUAAAAAAUGUCAAGUUUAUGAAUCACAUGAAACACCAUUUGGAACUUGAGAAGCAGAGGGGUGACAGCUGGGAAAGUUACACCACCUGCCAGCACUGCCACCGACAGUUUCCCACUCCCUUCCAGCUGCAAUGUCAUAUUGAAAGUGUACACACUACCCAGGAGCCCUCUACUAUCUGUAGAAUUUGUGAAUUAUCAUUCAAAACAGAUCAGAUUCUCUUACAGCACAUGAAGGACAAUCAUAAGCCUGGUGAAAUGCCCUAUGUGUGCCAAGUUUGCAAUUACAGAUCAUCAGCCUUUGCUGAUGUGGAAACACAUUUCAGAACAUGCCAUGAAAACACUAAGAAUUUGCUCUGUCCAUUUUGUCUCAAAAUUUUCAAAACUGCAACACCAUACAUGUGUCAUUAUAGGGGACACUGGGAAAAGAGUGUUCACCACUGUUCCAAAUGCCGCCUACAGUUUUUAACUUUCAAGGAGAAAAUGGAGCACAAGACCCAGUGUCAUCAAAUGUUUAAGAAGCCUAAGCAACUGGAAGGAUUGCCUCCUGAAACAAAAGUUGUUAUUCAAGUGUCACUGGGACCUCUUCAACCAGGAUCAGUGGAUGUAGCAUCCGUUACUGUGAGCACGUCAGAUUCUGAACCAUCACCUCCCAGGUCUAAGAGUAAAGUUUCAAAAAAACCUCGUUAAUUCUACUUUCAGUAAAUCUAACGCAGGUAUUUCAAUCGAAAUAAAAAACCCCAUAAAAAUAAAAAAAUACAAACUAUACAUUAUUUAGUAAGGUCACACAGUGAAACCAAUAAGUCAUUUAUGAGUUUCUUUUUAAAUUCAUGAAAUACAGUACUGUCUGAUCUGAAUCUGAUAUGUUAUUUAAAGUAUAUUACCUGACUUUCAUGUAACUGUAUCUGGCUUAACAUAUAAAAGGUGUUUUGUGUGUGUAUGUGUGUGUGAGAGAAAAAAAGUAGAAGCCUAUUUAUUAUUUUGAUAUUUCAUGUUAUUUGUAAGUUUGAAAGCUCUAAUUUCUGCAUAUAGAAUCUAGAGUUUUUUAAGUACUUAAUUUUAUUUUCAACUUUUUCCAUGUCUUGAAGAUUUCAAUAUUAACUCUAGUCAGACUGGAAGGACUUUGUACAACACAACAUGGUCCCAUUUGCUGCUGAGUCCCUAGAAGCGUCUCUCUUAUGAUGGUUUAAAAUAAUCUCUCUGAGAGCAUGAGUGUGAAGUUGAGGGAGAAGGUAUGUCAUGGAUGAGAAUCAGAAACUGGGAGAUUAGUCAGUGGAGACUCCUUGUUCUGGUGGAGGGAGAGGGGUGUCUAUGCGCGCGCUCUCUCUCUCUCUCUCUCUCUCUCUAGGAGCCAAGGCAGAAAGAACAGUGUCUCAGAGUGUCUUCCUAGCAAAAGAAUAGCCGAGGAAGCAAAAGUA